AUGGGAACCACCAAACUGCGCCCUUCUGGAAAAGCUUCCGUCGCAAAGGCCCAAACUUUACCCGAGAGGACUUUCAUAAUCGACAAUGGCGCGUAUACGAUGAAAGCCGGCUAUGCGCCCGACUCUAUUACGGAAGAUGAAAUAGAGGCACUGUCCGUUUGCUCUAUUAUUCCUAAUGCGCUCGCCAAGACUCGCGAUAACCGCGUCUACAUCGGUUCGCAACUUAAUACUCAUGUUACGGAUUGGAACGAGUUAAUGUUCCGACGUCCGGUCGAGAAGGGAUAUACUGUAAACUGGGAAGCGCAAAAGGAGAUCUGGGAGCAUUCAUUUUUUGACGAGAAGACUGUGCGAAGCAAAGACCUGCGGAUUGCCAAACCGGAAGAAACGACGCUUGUACUGACCGAAGCUCCAAACGCUUUACCGGUGCUGGAGAAGAACGCAGACGAGAUCGUAAUGGAGGAGUGGGGGUUUGGUGGCUAUCUAAGAUGUGUGGGCCCGUCGCUAAACGCCUGGAACGAAGUCCAAUCCUUAUUCGGAGACCCCAUCGUGCAGAAGUAUGACUCGGCUCUUUCGCCAAGAGAAUGCCUCCUCGUGGUCGAUUCAGGCUAUUCUCACACGACAGUUACACCGCUGUACAAAGGCCAACCUCUUCAGCGUGCGGUUCGCAGGCUUGAUCUUGGAGGCAAACAUCUUACGAACUAUUUGAAGGAGAUGGUAUCAAUGAGGCAAUACAAUAUGGUGGAGGAAGCAUAUAUCAUCAAUGAAGUGAAGGAAGCAGUGUGCUAUGUCAGUGAUGACUUUUCCCGGGAUAUGGAACGGACUUGGAAAGGCAACCGAAAGCGUGGUCAACUCGACCCUGAUGAAGGUGUCACGGUCGACUAUGUCCUGCCAGACCCAAAUGGCACCAAAAAGGGAUUUAUGCGACCUCAUGAUCCUCUAUUGAAUGCCAAGAAGAGGAAAAGUGCACUCUCAGGUGCUACCGCUGAGACUUUCUCUGAGGAUGUCUUGGUCCUGAGUAACGAGCGUUUCACAGUCCCUGAGAUUCUAUUCACCCCAAGUGACAUCAGUAUGAAGCAGGCUGGCAUUACUGAUAUGAUUCUCCAGAGCCUUUCUGUGCUGCCAACGGGGUUACAUCCCGCCUUCUUGGCAAACGUGCUAGUUGUUGGAGGAAACUCUUUGAUUGCUGGAUUUAUGGAAAGACUGGAGAAGGAGCUGCGUGAAGCUGCUUCGGCAGAAUGUGCUGUAAGGGUUCGACGGCCUCAGGAUCCAAUUCGCUCCACCUGGCUUGGGGCAAGUCGACUAGCCACCAAUAGAGAAGAAAUGAAGAAGGUUGCUAUUACUCGUCAGGAAUAUCAGGAGAAUGGCUCUGCUUGGGCUGGGAGGAAAUUUGCUGGCACUGUAUGA